UUCUACGCCAUCCUUAAAACUGCAGCAAGUCCUCCUCUUUACUAUUUGAAACAGCGUUGGUUGUACAAGCAGCUGGAGGCAAAUCCCGAUCAGCGGCAUCGCAGAGUUACAUCCCAACAUGAGGCUGGGACUGGCCACUGUGGUGUGUUUCUUCAGCUUUGUGUGGUUGUCGGAGUGCGCGCCUCCGACCUGCUACUCCAGAGCGCUCGGCCUGAGCAAAGAAGUCAUGGCUCUGCUGGAUAAAAUACACACUUAUCACCGCACGAAAACGUGCGCUCUGAUCUUCCCUACCAUCUUCCUUGAUGUGCAUAACUCAUGUGUCACCACCAAGCUCCGUGACUUUCUCUACGUGGUGCUGAACCAUCCCGACCAGCAAUGCAGAGAGCGUCCCAGAAUAGUGCUGCUCAAACGUAAAAUCCAAAACUUGUACUCCAUCAUCACCAGAAUUUGUUAUCGGGACCUGGUGUUUUUCACAGAUGACUGUGAGGCCAUUGAUACUGGCCACACCAGACCUCACUAUGCAGAGGACAGGCUUCAGCUUCUGCAAGAGGACAGAUGAGCAACACACAGAGCAGACAAGACAUCCACUGGUCUAUCGUAUUCAUAAAAACACAUAUCAGCAAUAUGUAGAAUGCAGCUACAAAUACAUGUAUAAUACGUACCACAGCCUAUACUGUGUAUUAGAUGCAUCAUAUGGCAGGCCACACAGUGCUGUUACAUACCUUACCUAGUUGGCUCUGUGUUAGCUGCAGACUCAUGUUAGUGGACAUGUGUGGUUACAUUACAGCAAGGAGGGCAGAACUUUCCACAGGAAAUUUGCUGAAUGCCAACCAUGCCGAUGAAAACCUUGAAAUAAUAAAGCAAUAAGAGAUUCUUGUGAGCCGGGCUUUAACCGCUGCUUACUUAGCAGGGCUGAUCAAAGCUCUGUGUGUCAUUAAGACAAAUAUGUUGUGUUGCUAUAACCCUCGGUCGGACUAACGUGUCUUAAAGGAGCACUAUACAGCAUUUUGUAAACAUGAGUUGAACAUGGUGGUUAAAAACGUUAUGUAAGAAAUAUAUGUCAUAAGCAUUUCCUCGGUUGUACAGUAUGUUCCCUCAGAAAUAUCUCACAUAGAAGUGUUUUUACUUGUUGCUGCUGCUUAGAGUGAAGCUCAGUAAAACUCAUAUUUUUAUGGCCUUAAACACAUGCAUAUGAACUAAUAGAACCCCCCCCCCCCCCCCCCCAUGUCAUAGACAUUAUUAGAAUCUUGUGCCAUUAUGUAUACUUAAUGGCAAUCUCUAUACAGUAUGUCUUAUAUUAUUAAUAAAACUCCUCUUAAUGUA